GGAAAGUUUGUUGUUUUGACGAAUUUUACAGGAUUUUGUAUUUUUUAUUUAACUUACUUAAUAGUAAAACACUAUCAGUUUAUCUUAGAACAUAAAAGAUAACGCCGCUACAUAAUCGCCUUAUUCAUGCGGUAUUCAUAUUUUAUAUUACAUGUUCCAUUGUUUACUUUAUCACAUAUUGUUCGCAAACCGUUCAGUAGCAUUGCAAGUGUAACGCCCAUUAUGGAGUCUCGUCGUCAAGCUUUACUUCUCUCUUCAUCAAAUUGCCAUGGAUAUUCCUUACUUGAGUUUGCUAAAGAGGAAAUAAGCUCAUUUUUACAGAAAAAUAAUGUACACGAUCUAAUCUUUGUGCCUUACGCUCAAAAUGAUUUUGAUGGUUACACAUUAAAAAUUAAAAUUGUUGACCAAUGGGGAUUUAAUGUAACAGGACUGCAUACAUAUCCAGAUCCACAAGCUGCUAUUAAUUCUGCUAAAGCAAUAUUUGUUGGCGGAGGCAAUACUUUCCUCCUCCUCAAGCGCCUGUAUGAAAAAGACUUGGUCAAACUUAUCAAAACUAAGGUGGAUGAAGGAAACCUUUUGUAUAUCGGCAGCAGUGCAGGAACAAAUGUGGCUACUAAAAGUAUAAACACAACUAAUGACAUGCCCAUUGUUCAUCCUCCAACUUUUGAUGCUAUUGGAAUUGUACCUUUUAACAUAAACCCCCAUUAUAUUGAAAUGGAGAGUGCAACUCAUAAAGGAGAAACAAGAGACCAAAGAAUCAAUGAGUACUUGGAGGUACAAAACGGCCCAGUGCUUGGCUUGCGGGAAGGGUCAAUGUUACAUGUCAAUGGAUCUAAAUUAACAAUCAAAGGAAUUGCUGGUGCUGUUCUUUUUAAAAAGGGCCAGCCUAAAACAGAAAUCCCAGCUGGUGAGGAUGUUUCAUUCUUGUGCAAGGAAGUCAACAUUGUCAGCUAAAAAUUUGUAGAU